GCGGGUUUAUAGAAUUUUCCAAGAUGGCGGCCGAAGGUGUAUCACCUUUUCCUCUUCCUCCAACCCAAUAUUAUACCCUCUAUACAGAUAGUAAUGUCGAACAAGACAGGGCACCAAAACCGCCACCGCCUAUUGAAGGGACAUACGCUAUGUUUGGCGCUUCUUUCGAGAGUGACGAUACUAUAAUUCGGCCUUUGGAAUCACAAGGGAUUGCUCGUCUUUAUCCACAACACAGAAGACUAGAUCGAAUAACAGAAUUAAAGAAGCUUAAUCAUUCCAUCGUGAUAAACUUCCUGGAACUGCUGGAUAUCUUAAUAAAGACACCGUCAUCGGCAAAGCGUGAUGCAAAGCUUGAAGAUAUGAGACUGCUCUUCAUCAAUAUGCAUCACUUAAUCAAUGAACUUCGACCACAUCAGGCAAGAGAAACACUAAGAGUCAUGAUGGAGAGACAAAAAAGACAAAGACUAGAGACUGCAGACAAGUUACAAAAGCAUAUCAACAGAGUAGUCACGCUUCUGCAGAAUUCCUCGUCACAUUUAAACUUAAUCAUAGCACAAGAUAGCAUGGCUACUCAACAAACGAUGAUGGAUAUAGAUGAAGCAAGUAACACUCAAAAGUCAGAAAAAGCCAUCACUAAGAGAAAAGAAGAUCUUGUUGGCGACAUGCUGGAGAAGAUUACAUGAAAAUAAACCCUCUUUUGAUCUUAUUCUUACACAUUAAGUCGCUAUCCUGUGACCAGAGUCUCUGCCACUUGAUUUCUAGUGUAAAUAAAUUAAAUUGAACUUAAAGUAAAUAAA